UUUGCUUCCUUCAGAUCGUGUUUGUUCUCCGAGUUGCACCUCGCUUACCUUGGUGUUCUUCCUUUUCUGUGCUACAUGUGCAACUGAGAUCCUCUCUGUGCUAUCUCCUGCGCCAGCCGGCGCACCAUUCUGCCGUCUGCAUUGAGGUUCAUCUUCCUUCCGUUUGCGUGCAUGCAAUGUGUUCGGUAGAAUGCCUCUGUGGUGACCUGACUAUGUUUCUUCUCAGAUUGUUCGUCUGAUGUUCCACUUCGUUUGCUCGCCACUAUCCUGGUUGUGGUUCUUAAUACUAGUUUAUUUUGCAGGUUUGAAGAGUUGCUCUGUUUCUGCAUCUGCACCUGCAACUUGCUACUGCCGCUCAAGAAUACAUGCCAAGUUUUCUCUGGAUGAAGAAUACUCCAACAAAAACCAAUCUGAAGACCAGCUGCCUAAGGAGGAAGUGCCAGGCAUGGAAGAGGCCUUUAGCCACUUCUCAUCAGAUUACACUGAGUACGAGAAUUCACAGCCCCGUUGUGAGGUUGGCGAUUGUAUAAUAGAAAACAACCGAUGCUUUAGUUAUCUGUUGUAGAUAGUUUUUCUAUGCCUAUUCCUCUCAGUAAGAUGCGUAAUUUAAGCUUCGUAGGCUUAUUAUGAAAACAAUUUCUUAAUGUCAUGAAGUUUUAAGCAGGCAAAAAGAUAUGCCUAUACUGACACCACUCAGCAACACAAAAUUUGGACCAUGAAAACCUAUGCUAGCAUCGUCAUCUAAAAAGAAUAUACCAAGUGCUUGCAUAAUUUAAGGAAGGGGCAAUAAUAUAUUUCUUUAGUGAUUUCUAUACUUAAGCUUUGUAAACCAAUGCCCUCUUUGCUUUCAGAGAAACCACCUCUUGCAUUGUUUCAAUGUUAGAUGUAUAUUCGUAUGCGACUCUUGCACACCAAAGUCUUUUUAUUUGAUACAGGCACAAUACUUUUGUUUAUACAUUGCAUUUAGGAUUCAAUUCAUACUUGUGAUAAUUAUCAGUUCAUACUUGUGAUAAUUAGAAGCUACCAGGUAGUAAAUGUUGUGGUCUACACCGUCGAUGCAUAGCUUAUGCUUAUACAAGUAACCAUAUACAAACUUACCUUCAUUAGCAUCUUGCGCGUAAAGUUGUCCAGGAUAAAUUAGUUAUCUUAGUUUCUGAUCAUCCAGCUGUUGCCAUAACAAAAAAUAAUAUGGUGUUAGUUUUACUUAGAUUAUUCAAAGUACAUUUUCCCCUCUAAAAGCUUUUACCUGCCGAAAUAUGAUUCAUGCCCUUGCGCCUGAUGACAUCCGUUUAAAAUCACAUGCCACACCACCAAUGAUCAAAAUCCCUUACAGGAUGAUGUUGGAUGUUCUUUUAGAGUCUUUAGAGCUUCCAAUAGCUGAGUAGCGAAGCAAAGCAUGUGAUGGUUGUAGAGUGUGUAUUACUGUUUUUUUCAUAUGCCCACAUCAUAUGUUGAAGAUCAUGGCAGUCGUAUGGCUAUUGCUGGGGUGCAGUGUACCGAUCAUGCAAUGUCAGAAGACACAGCUACCAUGAAAGCAAUUGGAUACAUAAAAUGCAUGGUUAAGACUGAACUAAGAGACUACAAUUACAGCAACAUGAAGAGACUGGAUGAGGAAAAUCAGUCUCUAAAGCAUGAGUUGGUUGUAGCUAAUUAUAACAAGCAGAAAACAAAGGCAAAGACCAAAUCCGUCAAGAACAAAUUAAAGGAAAAUGCUAUGGGCUGGUUCGUUCUUACAAGAUACAUGCAUGGAUUAUCUGAUAAUAUAUGCAAUGUAAUAGCGCUCACCAGAUCGUCUGGGAAAGAACCCAUGGAUCAGCUUAUGAAUGAACCUCUUAACAACAUUGAGCAGAUAGCAGAAAGGCUCAAGCGCAGGGUGCUCAAAUCAGAGAAGCAUCUAAAAAGCAUCAGGAGAGGUUUCUAGAGUUGUAUUCUACAAGAAUGCAUCCUAAACCAGACCUUUUAGAAUUGUAGUCUAUUUCGCCCCUUUUGUUUAACCGCAUAGGUUAACCGUAAUGUAUAAUUAUAUUUCUCUUUAGACCAAGCGCAGAGUAAGACUUGCCAAGACUAUGUGUGUUUGAGCUAAUGAUAAUCCUGUCAAGACUCUUUGUUGCUUGCACCAUUUAUGUCUCUGUGGCUUUUUAUUUUAUUUUGAGUGGCAUUUAUGUCUCUAGCUGGCAUAGCC